AGUCGCGGCCACGGUCCAAGCGCUUUCGGAGCUGCAGUAAUGCGUUCGUUGGGUUACCUUGCCUCUGCUGAGCCCUGCUGCCCGGCCGCCCCGGGGCGUUGUUCCCUCUCAGAGAGUUUUACAGACACUAACAAAUAAAGUGGGCCGUUUUGUCAGCAGGGUUUCUCCGCUUAUUGUUUUGCUGCUGCUGUGACAGGAGCUACGGAAACACGGCACCUGUUUAAUCACUGUAGGCUAACGCACAGGGCGUCACAGACAAGAUGAUCUACAUCAUAAUGGGAGUCUCGGGUUGUGGAAAAACCAGUUUGGGGACAUUCCUUUCUGAAAAGCUUGGCUGGCCCUUCUAUGAAGGCGAUAACUUCCACCCGCAGGAGAACAUUGAGAAGAUGGCUCGUGGAGAACCGCUCACAGACCAGGACAGAUUUCCUUGGCUUCUCAGACUACAUGAAGUCAUUGAGAGAGAAAGGUCUUCAGGCUCAGAUGCUCUUUUAGCGUGUUCAGCUCUGAAGCGCCUCUACCGGCAGAUUCUCCUCCACGGCUCCACGGUGGUGGCACCAACCAGUAGCGCCUCACUUCCCUCCUCUCCAGAGGUCUUCUUCCUCUACCUGCAUGGCGACUACGAUCUCAUUCACCAGAGGAUGGUGGCCCGACAGGGACAUUACAUGAAGGCAGAUCUGCUGCGCUCCCAGUUUGAUAUUUUGGAGCCUCCGUCAGACGAGGAAAACGUGCUCACGCUGGACAUCAGGAAAAGCCGGAGCGAGAUGAUCCUGGAAGUAGAGAAGCACAUUGAGAGUCUGAAGUUGUGAAGCUGUAAUCGUGGCAAACGAAUGGGAACACUACGUAGUUUAUUACUUGAGUGACUAUUACCCAUUUUUUCAUGGGUAAAUGAACUGAACUUUUGCUUUAUUGCCCUGAAAAGGCUCUCAAAUCCAGAUGUCUUAAAUGUUUCAUAUGAGUAAUAAGCAUAUUAUUUGCUACAUAGCGAUAACUCUUUUUGAUCAUUUUCCUCUUCUCUUAACCUACUUUUUUGUUUUCAUAAAAAUAAAGUUCAGAAUUUAUUCCUGAGUGGUGUUAUACGUGUUUUUCUCCCCGAACGAAAUACUAUUUUUUAUAAUCAAUUGUCUUUUUAUGGGAAUCAUCAACAUGAUAGAAGUUUACUUUAUGAUCACAUAUUUGCUCACUAGGAAGUGAAUUCCUUGAAAAUGUUCUCACAAUAAGUAAA